UGGCCCUCACUUCCCUCGUCUCUCUCAGCCCAACGUCCAUCAGAAACACGGCAACUUAAAACUAAGAAAAACAGGAAGUUAAAACUGUGAUGUGUUCUUUAAAAAACUGUGAUGUCUUCCUAGUCCACCGUCAUCUCCGCCAUGCUUAGAGCUCUGAAAAAGAAAUUUAUUAGCAGCCUGUGUUUCAAAAACCUAGCAGACCCAUCAGCCGAGGAUGGUGUUCAAAGGUCGUUUUUUCUCUUCAAGGAAACAUGAUGCUUCCAGCACAGAUGGAUGCUCCAGUAGCCCGCGCUCAGCCGGGUCGAAUUCUCCUAUCCGAACCGACAAGAAAAAGGCGAAAUCUGGUUCCGCAUCCAAGGACAACGACUCCCCCAGUAAUUCGUCUCCGGAUUCCAGGCUAGCUGCUAGUUUCAAGGAUAAGAAGAAGCUCGCUAACGGCAAGGAUUUCACUCCCGGAAGUCCUAAUCCUAGUUCAGCAGGAAGGGAGGGCUUAGUUUCUUCAAAGCUUAAGAAAUCAGGCUCUGCGGAGGUCAAGGAAGUCUUGUUGCAUUCUUCUCUAUCAGCUUCACCAAUUUUAGCUUCUUCCUUAGGGUUACAUAAGAUUAAGACGCGAUCUGGGCCGUUGCCUCAGGAGAGCUUCUUUGGGUAUAGAGAUAAGGUGGGUGGUUUGGGUGCUAGUAUCUUGUCUAAGACAGGUACAUGUGAUGAGCAGUCGACCUUGUGGCCUGGAAAGAAGAAGAGUGGUGUGAAGGAGAACAGAAAAACAACUGAAAAUUCUGGUUGGGUGGAUCAUGGGAGCAAUUCGGAUACCAUGUCAACUGAGAGUGUACCUUCCAGAGAACAGAGUCCCCAUGUCACAGGUCCAUCUAGAUUGCAGAAUGUUGAACCUUCUUGUGAAGCAGAUCGGCUCAAUUCUUCUUGGGGUCAUUUUGGUGAUCAGCAGACACUUGAUGCAUAUACUCCAGAUAAGACAUCUUAUGAGUGUGAUAAUCCAAAGGAGUCCGAGUCUCCACGCUUUCAAGCUAUACUUCGUGUAACAAGUGCCCCUAGGAAAAGGCAUCCUGGUGACAUCAAAAGCUUUUCCCAUGAGCUGAAUUCUAAAGGUGUACGGCCUUUUCCGUUUUGGAAGCCUCGGGGCUUAAAUAACUUGGAGGAGGUUUUGACCAUGAUACGGACAAAGUUUGAUAAAGCAAAAGAGGAAGUGGAUUCUGAUCUUCAUAUCUUUGCAGCAGAUCUGGUUGGGAUUUUGGAAAAGAACACAGGAACUCACCCUGAGUGGCAGGAAAUCAUUGAAGACUUGCUGAUAUUGUCUAGAAGCUGUGCAAUCUCGUCACCUGGUGAGUUCUGGCUUCAGUGUGAAGGAAUCGUGCAAGAGUUGGAUGAUAGGCGGCAGGAACUUCCUGCUGGUGUUCUUAAGCAGCUUCAUACUCGAAUGCUGUUUAUACUAACAAGAUGUACACGGUUGCUCCAGUUUCACAAAGAAAGCAGUCUUGCUGAGGAGGAACCUUUGUUUCUACUUCGCAAAUCACUACAGCCCACAGAUAAACAUGUUUCUGGAAGCCUGGAAAAGGAUAAGAAGUCAGUGAGUGCUGUAAAGGCAGACCCCAAGGCGCUUACGAGAAAAUCUUACAGUCAGGAGCAGCAUGGUUUGAAUCAGAAAAUAGAACAGUCAGGAACUCCAGUUAUAUUACAGUCUCUUCCAACUGAGUUUGAAAAGAACCCGGAUGCUUCUGGUGGAAAGAAUCGCAUAGCUUCCUGGAAGAGAUUACCUACUCCUGCAGGGAAAAUUUCAAAAGAAAUUCCUUUAGCAAAGGAGCACGUUAACCUUGAGGCUUCACUGUUGAUAAGUAACAAGAGAGAUGGGGCAUCAGAUGGAGAUCUAGCUACUACUGUUAAAACUCAAGGGCACUCGUAUGGGUCUUCAAAACACCAGCACAAACUUUCUUGGGGUUACUGGGGAGACCAACAAGGCAUUUCUGAUGAGAGUUCAAUAAUUUGUCGUAUUUGUGAGGAGGAGGUUCCUACUUUGCACGUGGAGGAACACUCAAGGAUUUGUACAAUUGCUGAUCGCUGCGAUCAGAAUGGUCUUAGUGUCAAUGAACGCUUGAUUAGGAUUGCUGAGACUCUUGAGAAGCUAAUCGAGUCAUUGAUACAGAAAGACUUUCAGACGGCUGUUGCGAGUCCAGAUGGUGCAGUAAUAUCAAACUCAAGCAUAAAUGAAGGAUCUGAUGUCCUCUCUCCAAAGCUUAGUGAUUGGUCUCAAAGAGGUUCAGAGGACAUGCUUGACUGUUUUCCUGUAGCUGAUAAUUCUGCUUUCAUGGAUGAGUUCAAGGGCAAUCCUUCUAUGCCAUUUAAAACUCGCUUUGGACCCAAGUCUGAUCAAGGGAUGGCGUCAUCUUCUGCAAGCAGUAUGACUCCUAGAUCACCAUUGCAUACACCACGGAUGAGCCAGAUAGAUCUGUUGUUGUACACUAAAGGUUGCUACUCUGAGCAUGAAGAUCUCCCUCAGAUGAAUGAACUUGCUGAUAUUUCACGAUGUGUAGCAAACACGCCUGUGGAGGGUGAUCGCUCAUUGCAUUAUUUGAUCUCUUGCCUUGAAGAUUUGAAAGUAGUUAUUGAUAGGAGAAAGCUAGAUGCCCUUACAGUGGAGACAUUUGGAACACGAAUAGAAAAGUUGAUUCGGGAGAAGUACUUGCAACUAUGCGAGCUAGUUGUUGAUGUGAAAGUUGACAUGACAAGUACAAUCAUUGAUGAAGAUGCCCUUUUAGAAGAUGAUGUUGUGCGUAGCUUGAGAACCAGCCCUGUUCAUUCUAAUAGAGACCGUACUUCUAUAGAUGACUUUGAGAUCAUUAAACCGAUCAGUCGUGGAGCAUUUGGUCGAGUUUUUCUAGCAAAAAAGAGAACCACUGGGGAUCUGUUUGCCAUUAAGGUUCUUAAGAAGGCAGAUAUGAUACGCAAGAAUGCGGUUGAGAGUAUAUUAGCAGAACGUGAUAUUUUAAUAUCAGUUCGUAAUCCAUUUGUGGUCCGCUUCUUCUAUUCAUUUACUUGCCGUGAAAAUCUGUAUCUUGUGAUGGAGUAUUUGAAUGGUGGGGAUCUGUAUUCACUAUUAAGAAACCUAAGCUGUCUUGACGAAGAUGUAGCUCGUGUUUACAUAGCUGAAGUUGUGCUUGCUCUGGAAUAUUUGCAUUCAUUGCGUGUUGUUCAUCGCGAUUUAAAGCCCGAUAAUUUGUUGAUUGCACAUGAUGGUCAUAUUAAGCUGACAGAUUUUGGUCUUUCAAAAGUUGGUCUUAUAAAUAGUACCGAUGAUCUGUCUGGUCCGGCUGUCAGUGGAACUUCCAUGAUGGAUGAUGAUGAAUCUCGGCAAUUUGCAUCAGAACAGCAGAGUGAAAGGCGUAGAAAACGUUCUGCUGUAGGCACACCGGACUACCUGGCACCUGAGAUCCUUCUAGGAACUGGGCAUGGUUUCACAGCUGACUGGUGGUCUGUGGGUGUUAUUCUCUUUGAGUUGAUUGUGGGAAUUCCACCAUUUAAUGCAGAGCACCCUCAGAAAAUAUUUGAAAACAUUCUCAAUCGUAAGAUACCCUGGCCCCGGAUUCCUGAUGAGAUGAGCUCCGAAGCAGAGAACCUGAUUGAUUGCUUGCUGACAGAAGAUCCUAAUCAACGUCUCGGAGCUAAUGGAGCAACAGAGGUCAAGGAGCAUCCUUUUUUCAGGAAUAUUAACUGGGACACACUAGCGAGACAGAAGGCGGCUUUUGUUCCCGCUUCUGAGAGUGCACUAGAUACAAGUUACUUCACCAGUCGCUUUGCAUGGAAUCCAUCACAUGAGAAUGUUUAUGCAGCCAGUGAAUUUGAAGAUUUAAGUGAUGAUGCUAGUUUAAGUGACAGCAGCAGUUGCCUAAGUAAUCGGCAUGAUGAGCUGGUUGAUGAAUGUGGGGGUCUUGCUGAUUUCGAUUCGGGUUCCUCUGCAAACUAUUCUUUUAGUAACUUCUCAUUCAAGAAUCUCUCCCAGCUUGCAUCAAUCAACUAUGAUUUGCUCAGUAAAGGUUGUAAAGAUGAUCAGCCAACUCCUCCUUCUAGCUAGUGACUAUGGGAGCUUUCUCCAUUUCUGAACUUUUGGGAAGCACAAUGAAUACAAAUGCGGGUUGCUGAGUGCCUAAAUCAUGUAAAUUUUGUAAAUAUUCAUAUAUAGGUUUAUGGCAGAAACAGGAUGUGUCCUCAAUACUUGAAAAAUAGCUCGACUUCUUCGAGGUUUGUAAACUACAGUUUGACUUUUUUCCGUAUAUGUAUAUGUAUAUGUGUGUGUGUUAGUUGAAAAGCAUUGCUGUAUAAUUCUACCCGUAUGAUGGUGUAACCGUGAUUUCUUCUUCACACCAAUGAGAAAAGGACGUUGUAUCCCAUGUACAUAUUCAAUGUACAGUGAGUGUAUUCUUUGUAGCCUUGUUUUCUUGUUUUGUAUUGCAAGUAGAUAACUUGUUUUACUUGGGGAGGUCCAUUUGACGCUUGCACCCAUUUGGGCACAAUUUUUAGUGAUGCAGUGAAAAUAAUCUCGAC